CGUUUUAAUGCGGCACUAAUUUUGUGACGCAUAUGUAACUGCCUGCUUUAUUUUUCACGAUGCGGCUUGAGAGCGCAUGAAACGCAUGAAAACGGAAUAGAUACAAUAAAUAUUAGUUGUUCCUAAAACGUGGCUGAGUUAGAACGUGCGUGUUUUUCUGCUGGAGAUGGUGGAGUUUUUUUUUAUUUUUUAUAGAGAAAAGCGGUAGUAUAAUAAAUUUGUAGCUAAAUGUCAACCAAAGAUAUGGAUAACAAAUUAAUAGAGGAAGUACGUAAGCGGCCAUUUUUCUACGCGAAAGGUCAAGCGGGCUACCGGGAUUCGAAGUUGCGCCAAAGAGCCUGGGCAGAGAUUGCUGAUGUUAUGGAGUUAUCGGCUGAUGAAUGCUACCAACGUUGGCGUGUACUUAGGGAUCGUUAUGUCAAAUUAAUGGCCAAGAAAGCUGGAAAUAAAAAACUUAACAAGUUUGAAACUCGUUGGGCAAUGUACGAGCAGCUAGCGUUUCUAAAUCCUUACAUACAACCCAGAACGAAUACGUACGAUUUCGUAGUUAAAAAAUCCGAGCCUGAAUGUAUGAUCGACGAGUCGCUCAUGUCGCUGCCGUCCUUUGAAUACGAAGAUAAUUGCAGUGAUACAUUACCAAUUGAAAUAGCCACAAUUGAGACCUUGCAACCGGAACCUACUCCUACAACUGAGGCCCCUGAAGUGCUACAGCAAAAAUUCAAUGAGUUGAAAGAAAGUUUAGCAACUUUUAUGAAAAAUACGGAAGAGCUUUUGAAGCAAAGCGCGACGACUUUAACGGCGGAUAAUAAAAAUGAGGCAUUCUAUCGAUUAAUCGGUGGCAAGCUAGCCGAACUACCGGAGGAAGAACAGGAGGAUACUAAACUAUUCAUAAUCUCACAUGUUUUCGAAAAGGUUAAGGUGUAUAAAAAGCAAUUGAAAAGUGAGCAGAAUGCUGACAAUACCUGAGUCAAACUGGGUAUUCAUUGUUUUGUGUGCGUGUAAUUAUAAACUUGUAUAUAAAGAGGAAUUAAUAAAGGCUUUGUUUGAAAAAAAAUCAG